ACAGUUUCUAAUAAAGAAAAUUGUACACCAGCAGCCAUACUAGAAUUUCCAUCAGAUGGUUUUACACAUGAACAACGCCAACAUGGUUGGAUUAUAGUUCAUAUAAUAAUCGCUUUUUAUUGCUUUUGGAUACUGGCUGUGAUAUGUGAUGAAUAUUUUGUGCCAGCUGUGGAAAUUAUUUGCGUCAAUUUUAAAAUGGAAAAGGAUGUGAUUGGUGCUACUUUUAUGGCAGCAGCAAUAUCAGGACCUGCAUUGUUCUUGAACUGUGUGGGUACAUUCAUAACGGGUGGUGAUAUUGGUGUUAGUACAAUUGUUGGUUCAGCUGUAUUUAAUAUGCUUGCUGUGCCCGCUUGUUGUGGUCUUUUCGUAGUUAGAUGUAUUAAGCUUGAUUGGUGGUCAUUGACCAGAGAUUGUCUCAUAUAUUUCUUAGCCACGUUAGGCUUAGUAAUUACUUUAUAUGAUGGCAAAGUAUAUUGGUAUGAAGCGCUUUCUUUAGUGAUUGCUUAUUUUUUAUACAUGACAGUCAUGUAUUACAAUGACAAAGUAGCACGUACAGCUCGCCAACUUAUUUCUAAGUAUCGACAACGUAAAUCACGCAUAAGACCUUUUCGUGAAGUCAAUGAAAUAACACCACUUCUUGUUAGCAGAAACAAUAAUUCCAGUUCAAAGUUUGGAAUUGAACAGAUUUCAACAUAUCAGGCUUUAGAUAUUGAAAAAUCUCAAAUAGCUGUCAGUUCAACUUCCGUUAGCAGUAAUGAUAGUGAUUUUGCUGACAGUCCUUGGCAGUGUAGCGAACAAAUGAAUGCAAUUGAAUUUAUAUUCCGUUGGCCCAUCACUUUUAUACUGUGGUUAACUAUUCCAGAUAGUCGUAAAAACUCUAAAAAGAAGUUUUUUACCUUCUUAAUGUCCAUUAUCUGGAUUGGUGUUUUGUCAUAUGUUGUGACUUUUGUCAUAACCGUUAUAGGUGACACACUUGAAAUACCCGACUCGAUUAUGGGAUUGACUAUAUUAGCUGCUGGCAUGAGUGUACCGGAAGCACUUUCGAGUAUAAUCGUUAGUAAACACGGUCAAGGUGCGAUGGGCAUCAGCAAUUCAAUUGGUUCAAAUACUUUCGAUAUUUUAUUAAGUUUGGGAUUGCCUUGGUUUAUCAAAGCAUAUUUCAUGCCAACGAACCCAGAUGAGAGAUGGAUUACUCUAAAUUCAUCAGGGCUCUCCUAUUCAGCAAUAUGUCUUUUGAUAACAUUAGUAUGUCUUUAUGUAGCAUUUGUUGUUAACAAAUUUGAACUUAAUAGAAAAAUUGGAGUUGCUUGCGCGAUAAUGUAUUUUAUAUUUCUCAUGUUCGCAUCAAUGAUAGAGCUAAAUGUGUUCUUUCCAGUAAAUUUACCUGUUUGCAGUCAUUAG